GGAGCGGCCUCGCCUCGGCCGCAGGUCUGCGCCGGCCUGGCUGCGGCGGCGCCGCCUGCUCGCUCGCCAGCCCGCAGGAGGGCCCGUGGCGGCGGCCCCGCGGCCGGAGGAACGGGUUGGGGCGUCCCGUCCCGAGGGGCCUCGGUGCCGGCCACCCCGGCAGCGGGAAAUGGAGCCUGCGGCCGCCGGCUGCGGCGGGGCGCGGGAAAAGGCCCCUCGGGCAGCGCGGCGGACCUGGCGCGCCGGGGGCGGGAGGAGGCUGACGCCUUCCCGCCGCAGGUCUUGCCGCCGCGGCUGGGGGCGAGUCAGGCAGCCCGGACCGAGGUCCAUGAGGCUGCUCCGGGGCGUGUAAACUUACUCCACUUGUAAAAACUUACUUUGGAUGAAAGCGUAAGAGGGUAUUUGGCGUCUUACAUAGUUCGCUUCGUGGUGUUUAGUCAGAUACGUGCUACACAACCACUUCUCCCGGUUCGGAUUUAUUUUCUGACUAUUGAUGAAGGCAAACACGAAAUCUGGCAUGAUUCUACCUCGUUUAGUGGUCCACUGCCUUUGUCUUAGAUCUGAACUGGCUGAUGGCUUGCAACAGCUGAUCUGUAAAAGAUGGGUUGGUUGUCUGCAUUGUUACCUAGCUUACGUUGGGGUUUACCAGUUUGAAUAAUAAUAGGGAUGGAUAGUACCAAAUGCUCCAUGAACACCAGAGCUUGGGAGCACAAGUAUUUCCAGUGGUUUGGCUUCAUUAUGCAUAUGGGCUCCAGCAGUCACCCCCACUUCACAACUACCUGAUAGGAUAACAAACAUGUAUUCUAGUAGUAGAGUUUGUGCCCAUAUCAUGAUGGGCUUGUUACUUGCUUAAUUCCUUGUGUGCUAGGGAAAAGAAAAGAUAGGUCUUAACAGAACAAUGGGACUUCUCUCCAAAUGCUAAAGUCAAACUGUAAAAGAUCCUGGAGUAGCACUGGGCUGUGGUUCAGGGGAAGAAGGGCUCUGUUAACAAGUGCCUUCUCUUACAUUAGUGGAGGUCUGUGUCAGGCAUUAUGGUCAGAUUCCUUCUUGGAUAACUUGGAUAAAAGUCUUAGGGCUUUUUAGGUUGAAGGAAAAGUAAACCCAAGCAGAAAUCAGUAUGCUGUACCUUCCACAAAUCAAGCAUGGUUUUAUAUGUUCCUCCAGACAAAUGCUGCUGUUGUGGUAUUGCUGCCACAUUGACCCUCCUAACAAGCCAGGCUGUUUGAGUUCUCUUGUUUCUCAGCAGCCUUCAGGGCAGGCUCAGGAAGCUUAGUGUGUGCACUAAGCUUAGCUAUGUGCACUUUCAAUCUCUGCAUCAUCCUGUAGAAACAAAUUUUGCUAGACUUCAUGUGAAAUGCUUAUAUCAUCAGAGUCUCUAUUCUAGCAUAGGAAAGAGUGAAUAAUUUUCCCCAUCAGGUUUCUCUGAACUGUUAAUGACUUUACAUGUUUUCAUAACGUUAUUCUUCCUCUUUCCACCCGUCAUCUCCCUUGCUUGUAUCUGUGCUCAGUGGAACCAUCUUUUUUUCUCCUCUUUCUGUACCUGCUGUCUGUGCCUGUGCUCCCCUCUCCUACCUCCCCAGAGUAACCAGAAAUGUAGAAGAGCCCGUGAGAUGCAACCACAAACCACCUUUGAAGACUCUGUUCUUAAGAUAUUUUAGCCAUGACUAAGAGAGAGGCAGAGGAGCUGAUAGAAAUAGAAAUUGAUGGAACUGAGAAACAGGAAUGCACUGAAGAAAGCAUCGUUGAGCAAACCUACACCACAGCAGAAUUUGUGAGUCAAGCUAUUGACAUCAGUGAACCCAUUGGAAAUCUUAAGAAGUUGCUGGAACCCAGACUGCAGUGUUCCUUGGAUGCACAUGAAAUUUGCCUGCAAGAUAUCCCGCUGGACCCAGAUCGAAGCCUGUUUGAUCAAGGAGUAAAAACAGAUGGAACAGUGCAACUCAGUGUGCAAGUAAUAUCUAGGCAAGGGAUAGAGCCUAAGUUAAACAUCCUUGAAAUUGUGAAGCCUGUGGAGACUGUGGAGGUAGUGAUUGAUCCAGAUGCUCAUCACGCAGAGGCUGAAGCUCACCUUGUUGAGGAAGCUCAAGUGAUAACCUUGGAUGGAACAAAACAUAUUACAACAAUUUCAGAUGAGACCUCUGAACAAGUGACACGAUGGGCUGCAGCAUUGGAAGGCUACCGAAAGGAGCAGGAGCGCCUUGGAAUACCCUAUGAUCCAGUGCAGUGGUCGACAGACCAGGUCCUCCACUGGGUGGUAUGGGUGAUGAAGGAGUUCAGCAUGACUGACAUUGACCUCAAUGCACUCAGCAUUCCCGGGCGGGAGCUCUGCAGCCUCAGUCAAGAAGACUUCUUCCAGCGCGUCCCACGGGGAGAAAUCCUCUGGAGCCAUUUGGAGCUUCUUCGAAAGUAUGUGUUGGCUAGCCAAGAACACUCUGGAGAAAUAGCAACUGUUACUAUUGAUCAGCCUGUGCAGAUUAUUCCAGCAUCUGUACAGCCUGCUACCCCAACCACCAUUAAAGUAAUAAACAGCAGUGCAAAGGCAGCUAAAGUACAGAGAGCUCCAAGGAUCUCUGGGGAAGACAGAAGUUCCCCUGGGAACAGAACAGGUAUUGUCUCCAUUAUUUUUAAAUGCAAAUGCAGUAAGCACUCAUUAAUUUGAAUUACAGUUUUGUAGAACACAUCUUUGUCACUCUAGAUGUGAGGUUUGUAGAAGUCCAUGUGGUAUGAAGGGGGCCGUGCUACAAAAUAUAUCACAAGCACAUUGAGAGCUGGCAGGUAUUACUAUGAUGGAGACAUGAUCUGCAAAGUGCAAGGCAAGAGAUUUGUGUACAAAUUUGUCUGCGACUUGAAAACUCUCAUUGGAUACAGCGCAGCAGAGUUGAAUCGGUUGGUCACGGAAUGCGAGCAGAAGAAACUAGCCAAGAUGCAGCUCCAUGGCAUUGCACAGCCAGUUACAGCAGUGGCGCUAGCUACGGCAUCCCUGCAAACAGAGAAAGAUAAUUAAGCACUAGGACCUGAAAGCGGGAGCCUGAGGCCUUUCCUAUAUAACCAGAGCAGUUGCUGCUCUUAUCUUUAUCAGAAUUGGAAACUUCUUUUGUUUCUUGACAGUACAAUAUAGUGUAUGGUUUUCUACAAAGAACUGGGACUCGCAUAAAUUUGGAUCUUUUAACAGCAUAUAUUUCAGUAUAAGUUAAGGGAUCACCACAACCUCUGCAACUUCGAGUCAGGGCCUCUGUUGUAUGCAAUCUGAAAUUGGUGAGAAAUGUUGAACUGGUCAGCGUUCUGUGUCCACAGCUGUACAAAAUAAUUUUUGUAGCGCUUUUAACAAAAAUGAUGUACCUACGGCAAGCAAGCUGAUCAGUUGUCUGAACUCAGUCCUUUCCAGUCUUUUGUUCUCUGCUGAGCUACCAAAUGGCAUUUGAUGAUUUCAAAGUUAAACGUGUUCAUUAUUCUCAUUUAAUCAAGCAGAGCUGAAAGACGCAUUAAAUGUUACAAAGCAUCAGGUUCUUAAAAUAGCUUCUGUGUUUAUAAGCAAAGGAAACUAAGACUAGACCGAACUGAAGAUCAGUGCUGAAGAAGGAGAUCCAGGUUUAGAUCUGGCUUAGGUGAAAAGCCAAUUAUGAGUAUUUCAUUGUGAGAUGUAGAUAAUAUGCAUAUAUGAGGGCAAGUAGGUAUCUGUUUUGAAAGACAUUGUUAACGCUAGCCAUUUAGCAAAAAGCGAAGACAAACUUCUUCCCCCACUACCACCCCCCAUCAGGUGAUUUGAAAACUUGAAAAAAUAGCCCUCGCCCAAAGAGUAGUUUGGUUUGGUGGGGGGGUUUAAUGCUCUGUUCUGCAAGGUGCUUAUACCUGCAUGUAGUCAGCCGUAGUAACUGAAGGCUUAAGUUAAUCACAGUCAGUAGUCCCUGUUUAGAAACAAAAUGCAAGUUGAAAAUAGUUUUACAGAGAACUGAAGUUUGAUUUCCAAAUUAUUGUACAGUCUGACAUAUAUUAAACUACAAAGAUGUGUAAUUUUUAUUUAAAAUUAAUUUCCUUCUGAACUUCAAGUGAUGUUUUUGAAGCUUCAUAAGCCAAGUGCAUGCUCCAGAACUGGGUGCAAUUUGAAGUCUGGAUGAUGAAUAGAAAUAGUUGGAAUGUAUCCUGAAUUCUGAGCUACGGAGAGUACUUCGUGCAAACUUACACAUGCAGUAAAAAAUAGGCUGCGACUUUUGAGCUUCUGUACUGACGCCCAUUAGACUCUUUCUUUUGACGGCUGAAAAUGGUGCAGUUUUGGUUUUGCUUUUGCCCUUUCAUGUUAUGUUCAUGUCACCAUGCACAUUUCCAACUUUUUAUAAGUAAAACCCCCUCUGGUAACACUUAAAAAUUAAAAUGCAAAUGGAUAAGGGAAAACCUUCAAUUCUGUGAGGGAUCAAGCUACUCUUAAACCUUAAGUCAGAAGUGCUUGUACAGUGAGGUUCUAAGCACAAAAUGUGCUUAUACUGAGUAGGGAGACCACUGGACUGUUACUCUUCAUCUGAAAAGGAAUGGUCAUACUUGCAGGCAGAGGGCAAAGAACAGAGAAGACUCCUGUUUAUUUUAAAGAUACAUUGAGGACAAAGCUUUUUGUUUAUAGGCGGAUGUUCAUCUGCAGAUACUUUUUGCUUAACUAGAAAUCUCGCCUACUUUUUUCGUUGUCACCACAAUUACAAUUUUUUUUUUUGCCAGAUUCUUUCCAUAACUCUCAAUAUUGUUUUCAUUCUUGAGCUCUUAAAGCACUCCAUCUACUAAGCAUGCAGGUUUUGUUUUUAAAAAAAAAUCUUAAGCCCUGAGCAAAAUGUCUAAAUGCAUCUGUCACAAGAGGUCAACCAUCAAUCCAUUUAUUGCUGUUACGGUCAUCUGAUUCCACUAGCUGGCGAGUGUUUCAGGAGACUUACGCAAUUAGGUGCAGGUUUGCUUACUAAGAAUAAGAUGAAGCUGAUAGUUCGGUGGCAGCAGCUACGUACAUAACACUGCUCUGUUACUAAACAGAAGUCCAGUGCAAGUCACUAGUUAUAUUUAGCAGCGUUCAUGAGAGGCCUUUUUAGUUAAAAUGCAGUACAAAAAGGAGAGAAGCUUAAAAUAUCAGCUUUCUAGAUCAAACUGGACCGUGGGAGGAUAAACUAGCAGCGAAAUUGAAAUGUAAUACCAGUGCUUCAUCCCUUUGAAUGUUCUUGUUACAUAAGCCCUCUAGGGGAAACUUCUGAUACCACACUUUCUUUGUAAAUACAUCUGAUUAUUAUUUUGCAGCUUUUCAGUAGGUAUGAUAGUCCUUUGGGUUCUUUGUUGUGGGAUCGUCUGCUUUUCCACCGUGUUCUAACUAUUAAAGGAGGAAUCUUUCAAACAGUAUAAAAUCACUGUCACAUUCUCUGUAGCUGAGGGAGAAAUCUGUGACUAACUUGAUGUCUUCAAUAAAAUAAAAGUUGUAGAAUAUAUUGUCAAAGGUUGUUCCGUUGCUCCCAGAGGGAAAACAUAGAAAGAAUAUUCCCAACUUUUUGUAAAACAGAAGGGUUUUUGCAUACUUUUUACUCUUUAAAUAAAGACACUUAUACUCUGCUAAUAAUUAUGUAUUUCUUUUGUGUUUUGCAUUUUUUUGGUAAUUUUACAUGAAACAAUUAUUUUCUAUUUUUACUCUGAUAAAAUAUUUGUGCAUAAAAUGUCAAUAUAGUAAAAUAAAAAUGUUAUACAGCUAA